CACAUUGGGAGUGCUCUGAGCCGACACACUGUCCCACACACUCCUGGACGCGCCACACAGGAGGAGCAGGGAGAGGACUUUUCGGGACUUAUCCAGAGUGGAUCCUGGGACUAUAGCUGAAAAAGUGGUCCAGGAUGAACUUUGCUGCCCAGUUCAUCUACGCCAACUAUGUCAGAGAUGGAUCGCCCAACAGAGUGAGAUUCAGCGAUAGUGAUGAGAAUGAUCCCUUCUGGCAGAGGUGGGACUUUACAGAUUCAUUCCCCACCCAGUGUACCCCAUUAGACACAGAGGAAUUCCCCACCCGAGCCCUGGCUGCAGAUGUACCCCCCCAACACCCUAAGGAGCCAAAUACUCCCACUGCUGCUUCUCCUGUAGUGACUCCUGCUGUGGCUCCUGCUGCACCUCGUGUUGCACCUCUUCCUGUUCUCCUUCAUCCUUGCUCUGCACCUCUUCUCUCUCCCCAAGGUCAACUAACCCCACCAGCAACAACCUCCACGCUCCACCAUCUUCCUUCUCCUUCUCCUUGUGCAAGGGUAUCUACGAAGUCCUCUAGAGCCACCAGCAAACCACUUCCUCAUUAUCCAGCACAUCCUGUCCCCAAAUCUAAAGCCCUCUUCGAUCCCUGUCCUCCUCCUCCCCCUGAAACAGCACCUUCACCACCUACACCUCAAGCUUCCCCUGCUCUCCCCAGGUCCACAGUAGUAGCCAAGGCCCCCCCUAGCCGUGCCCCUGCCCCUGUGAUACCCUCUCCAGACACGGGGAACAGAUUCCUCUUGCCAGCCUUCCACACUCUGGUAUGCCUCCUCCUCCGCCUGGUUCUAUCCUUCAUCCUCCUCUUCCUUCCCAGGUAAACAGACUGGACAUAAAGAUAGAGAGAUAGAGCGAUCAAGGAGGGAGCGAAAGACAGAGAGAAGUUUGGGGUCUUACACAUGCUGAGACAAUAGAAAGGAGAGAGAGAGAGGUGGUAUUACUGAGAGAAAGUGUGAAGGAUUAAAGAGGCAAACGGUAUAGAAGGACAUUAGUAUCAGAGGGUUAACUUGGGGAAUGGGGUGAAAGGGUAAAGCAGCUCUUAUGGCUGAGCAGACGAUAUUAAUAGAACGACUGGUUGUGAAACAGGAAACGGAGCCAAAAACAUUAGAUAUUGGGGAAAUAGAAUGCCAACAGAGUAACUCCACCUGCUGGUUCUAUGUGCUGGUGCUGUUUGGAUCUUGAGGUCUUUGCUGUGACUUAGCUCUUGGAAGUUCUGCCCAUGUGUACACCAGUGGAGGCUGCUGAGGGGAGGUCGGGUCAUAAUAAUGUCUGGAACGGAGGAAAUGGAAUGGAUUGGAUACCAUUCCGCUCCAGCCAUUACCACGAGCCCGCCCUCCCUAAUUAAGAUGCCACCAACCUCCUGUGGUGUAUACACAAUGGAAACUUAAAGUGAAGUUACAUUUUACCAGCUGGUUUGAAUUAUACCAUACGGUCUAUCCAUUUCAGCAGUGCAUAUAAUAUGUUUUUGAGUGACUUUUGAAUAGGAAUGCAUUAGGUUAUUUAAAUACAAUUGAGUGAAUACUACAUGUAGUUGCUAUGAAUGUUUAUAAGGCAAUGUUAGUAGGUGAAUCCAGUAAAGUGUUAACAUUGAGAUAGUAAUGAGGUUAAUGUCCAACAGGUCUGAUCUAAUCCCUGUAUGUCUUUAUAUAGAGAGCCUUAAUUCUGAAUGACCUGAUUGUUGAUAAUAUAGCUAUGUAUCUUAAUAACCACAAUAAGGCAAUGGUUCGAUUAACUAUAUUAUCAAUCCCAUUGACUAUUACAGAGAUGUUUUGACAUGAAGAGAAAGGAAUUAAAUUAUUUAAUACUAUCAAUACUAGUCAUUACUAUCAUUAAUAGUACUAGGUUUAAUAACAAUCCAACUAAAUACUGUACCAAGUUAUUAUUGAGUUACAGGAUUUAGUCAAACUAUCACUGAUAAUAAGCUUCUCUCUUAUUUUACUUUAUUCAACACAUGCUAUGUUUAAUUACUGCAUGUCCCUAAAAGACUGCGUUGAAAUGAUUAAAAUGAGUCAUUGUUUAAUCAGAGAUUAAAUAAAUCAAGCAGAGGUGAAACUCUGAGAACAUGAAAGGUGACUCAAUUAACUCCAACCAUUCCCCUCCCCUCAAUACCCUCCAAACUGACAACAACCCAAGAGCCCUGUGUGUGUCUGUGUGUGUGUGUGUAUGUUGGUGUGUGUGUGUGUGUGUGUGUGUGUGUGUGUGUGUGUGUGUGUGUGUGUGUGUGUGUGUGUGUGUGUGUGUGUGUGUGUGUGUGUGUGUGUGUGUCUGUGUGUGUGUGUGUGUGGGUGGGUGGGUGUCUGUGUGUGGUUAAUAGGUGUGUGUGCGUGUGUGUGGUUAAUAUGUCACAACCUACAGCUAUUUCCGUUGUCAUAAGGGACAGCUAGGUUUUAGCUAGACAUGGGAAGAUCUCUGUGGAUUAUCUCCUAUUGUACAGAGCACAAGGUUACUGCCAUCACUCCCAGACAAUGUAAAGCAGUGGCUAAUCUAUUCGCCCCUUGUUCACACACACACGUACAAACCUUACUCCUGAAAUCUCCACCCAGCCUAUUAGCAAUUCUUUUCUCCUGCUCCCUCUCAUCACUCUAGCCCAUUGCUGAGACCUUUGACCUGAAAUACAUGUGUAUAACGGUCAGAGCUGUAUACAUCUUUACAGACACCCAAUCAGAGAGGAGUAAUUCCAAGCCCUGUUGAUCUUCCUUUCUCCCCCAGCGAGGAGCAGCGUCUUGGCUCAACAAAACAGGGAUGCUCCACCUCCUCCAAGAGUACCUGCAACAACGACGCCCCCGUCUGUAACGGGGUUGCGGGCCUGCGACCCACGCUCAUCCACCCAGAGCGCCUGAAGGACUUUGGUAUUGAGGAGGAGGAGUGCCUCAAUGGAGAAGUCAAGACCAAGGAGAUCAAGGUGGUGGGCGCCCCUGAGAUCCAGCUGAUGGACCCGCCCAAGACUAACAAGAAGAGAGGCAGCGAGAGCAAAGUAGUCACACCACCCAAGCCUGAGUACCUCUGCUUCGAUGACAUCAGUGCUGCAUCCUUCAAAAUCCAGUUGGGGAUGCAGAAGACCCCCUGCAUGGUAUGUUCAGAGCCUUCUAUACACUCAUAAAAAAUGUACUAGCUAGAACUAUAAAGGGUUCUUUGGAUGUCCCUGGUCUGUAGGAUAACCCUUUUCACCAAAGGGUUCUUAAAGGAUUCUUUGUUGAGGGAUAGUUGAAGAACCCUUUAUUCUAGGUAGUACCUUUUUGUCUAAGAGUAAUAACUUUAGAUGAUGCACCCUGCUUCAUAUACAGAAGCUUACUCGCAUUCUGCUUGUUUGUGUUCCCAGUACUCCAGACUGUCCAAACAGUAUGGCAUGGAGAUCUUCCUAAAGAAGGAACACCUCCACUACACGGGCUCAGUGAAGGAGAGAGGUGUUCUCUACAUGCUCACCUCCCUCAACCAGGUAUGCAUCACAAUGCAUCUCUCAAUGCAUUCCAGCUGGAGAAAAGUCAAGCUAACAAGUAGCUAACAAGCUAACAAGUAGCUAACAAGCUAACAAGUAUUUAACAAGCUAAACAAUCGCUAAUUACUUUAACAGUUAGCUAACUCCUAUCCCCCUCCACAGGAGCAGCAGAAAAAGGGGGUGAUCGUGGCUACAGACUGUAGCUUCUCCAUGGCCGUGGCCCACCAUGCAGUGCAGUUGAGGAUCCCAGUGUUUGUCAUCAUGCCAGCCAGCUGUGCCCAGCCCCACCUUAGGAUGUACCGUGACUACGGCGCCAUGGUAAUCUCCUACGGCAGCACGGCCAGGGACUCCCUGAACCACGCCCGCCACCUGGCCAAGGAGAACGGAUACCUCUGCCUGGAAGAGUAAGUCACCCUGGGCGCCAGUCCCAUAGCUCUCCUUUGUUUUAAAACAUGCACUGACGACAAUGUGACACUAAUACAUGGACACAUGGUAAUAUUGUAUUUCACUCUCUUUCUCUCUCUAUCUCUCGCUCAGGGAUGAUAGUGCUGUGUACUUGGCAGGACUGGGCACAGUAGGCAUGGAGAUCUAUGAGCAGGUGCCCAAACUAGAUGCAGUCAUUGUGCCCGCUGGUGGACAGUGUAGUCUACUGGUUGGCACAGCAGCUGCCAUCAAACACCUCAACUCACGCAUCACUGUCAUAGUAAGUGUUUCCAACUCUGAAUAUUUGUUUAAUGUACUAUUGUCAUAGUGAGUAAGUUGCAAACAAGCUCUCCAAAAUGUGGAUCCCCAUCAUACUUAGCAUAGCACUUAGCAUAAUAUCAGGAUUCAUGUACCAUUGUUCUCUUUGACAGGGAGUUGAACCAGAAGGAUUCCCGCUGCUACUACAGUCCCUCAAAACAGGCAGCCCAGUGACUAGAGAACUAUACAGCACCCCCAACAAGAAGCUUUAUGGAGGUGCUGUGCCCUUGUACCCCUGUAGGCUAUCUGAACCCACACCUACCCCAUUUGAUAUGGUUUUUCUCUGUAUUUAAAUAGAUAUCAAUUGUCAUGGCACUGUACUCACUGAACUCAAUGCCUAUAUCCCACUCUCUAUCCCCAGACCUAUUAGAGCACUCAAUGGGGACCCACACCUUCCAGCUGGCUAAGAAAUUUGUGGAUAAAGUCAUAUCUGUCAGGUACUACAUCUCUAUGGAAAGGAGGUUAUCUCACCACACAUUUGCCAUAGUCAUUGUAUUCUACAUGUAUGGACAUAGACAUCCCUCUGUUCCCCAGUGCCGUGAUUGUUGCCAUGGUUCUACAUUGGUAGCACUGAUGCUCCCAAGGUUAGAAGCACCAAACAGUAUUUAGGAGCAGUAUUUAGGAGCACCAGGGGCUCUAUUAAAUCCAUAUUGCGGAAGUUCAGCUUUAUAGCGUGAUUGACAAUUAAAGGCAAUGUUCCCACACAGUCGCAGAGACUGCAUUCACUUCAGUGAUACAGAUUGAAUAGAGCCCUAGGACCAUAUGAAUCCACAUCUCCUGGAGGAGCCCAUUUCCUUUCUUCCAGUGCUAUCUUACUGGGCAAGUUAACAGGUUGUUAGGCAGCUAGGUAACAUGACUGGACAUUUGCUUGUUAUCAAACAAGUUAGCGGCCCGCAACAUGGUUUCUGAAAUUAUAAAAUGUGACCUGCGAAUCCGCGAUAGAAAGGAAAAAUAAUUAUCUGGUCAUACAUUUUGAACGGUUUUAUGCAUUGUAAAGGUGCAACCAUGGCUGUCACAGGUGAGGUGCAAAGAGAAGUGAACACUGCCGUGCUACUUCGCUCUCCUACCAAGGUGCAUGAAUUGAGGAGCAAAUGGAGUGUUAAAAGCAAAAAUGCGUCUCUGCCUUAGCCUUUUACAGAUAGAAAAGAAGGAGGCUUUUGUAUAUUGCUAAAUGUUCUCCUAUGGGUUCAGGGACCAAUCACAAUGGGAAUACAACACAAAACAUGACGUGAUUAGUUGCAAUAAUCUGACCAAUAGGCGGCCAUUUUGAAAUAUAUAAAACCUUGAUCAAAUCUAAGGGUCAAUGUAGGUUUAACUUUUUGUAAUAAAGAAGCACUUUUAAAAGUUGCUGAAUUCCCUCUUCACUCUCACAGGUGAGGGGAAAUUAUACAAUAUAUUGACUUUGCUCACCGCAAUAUGAUACAAAUGUAACAACUUAACUAUUUAGGAGCAUAUGGUAGCAAGAUGGCCACAAAUUAGAGCCCAGAGUGCAGUAAAGUGUCUCGAUCAUUGUCCUUUAGUACUGCUGUUGUUGUCGUUGUUGUUGUGGUGGUGUUGUUGUUGUUCUUUCUCUCUGAGUAUCCCUGACCUCUUACUCUUCUCAACAGAGAGGAGGACUCUCUGGUAGCCAUGCUAAGGUUCCAGGAGUUUGAACGCUCCACGGUGGACACAGAGGGAGCCAUGGGACUGGCGGCCAUCUUGGCUGGGCAACUACCAGAGCUGAAGGGCAAAAGGUGGGUUAAUGCUCGGCCAGGGUGUGUUACUGUAUCAAAACAUAGGAGUGAAUCCUAACACUUAGCCUCCCAUUGACAACAAUGCAUGACUAAAUGAAAAUUUGACAUAAGGAAAUUAGGAUUCACCCCAUAGUGUCAAAAAUUUAACCUGUUGAUAUUCAGAUGAAUUGAGUCUCCAUCUAUGUCCUUGUCUGCCCGCUGCAGGGUAGCUGUGGUGGUCAGCAGUGCUAACAUGGAGUUGGACCUGAUCAGACAAUGUGUUGACCGAGCCCUGUUUCUGGACGACCGGGUCAACAAGUUUACGGUGCAGUUGGGAGACUUUCCGGGGGACAUGGCCAAGCUACUGGACAUCCUGGCCCGAGAGGACAUCAAGUGAGUUAAACACUAACAUGAGAACAGAUAGUUAUGAACUACACUGUACAUCUGAAUAUACAGUACCUUCGGAAAGUAUUCAGACCCCUUGACUUUUUCCACAUUUUGUUACGUUCAGCCUUAUUCUAAAAUUGAUUAAAUUAUUAUUUUUCCCUCAUCAAUCUACACACAAUACCCCAUAAUGACAAAGCAAAAACAGGUUUUUAGAAAUGUUUGCUAAUUUAUUUUUUAAAAAAACCCAGAAACAUCACAUUAACAUAAGUAUUCAGACCCUUUACUCAGUACUUUGUUGAAGCACCUUUGGCAGCAAUUACAGCCUCGAGUCUUCUUGGGUAUGACGCUACAAGCUUGGUACACCUAUGUUUGUGGAGUUUCUCCCAUUCUUCUCUGCAGAUCCUCUCAAGCUCUGUCAGGUUGGAUGGGGAGCGUUGCUGCACAGCUAUUUUCAGGUCUCUCCAGAGAUAUUAGAUCGGGUUCAAGUCCGGGCUCUGGCUGGGCCACUCAAGGAUAUUCAGAGACUUGUCCCGAAGCCACUCCUGAGUUGUCUUGGAUGUGUGCUUAGGGUCGUUGUCCUGUUGGAAGGUGAACCUUCACCCCAGUCUGAGGUCCUGAACGCUCUGGAGUAGGUUUUCAUUAAUGAUCUCUCUGUACUUUGCUCCGUCCAUCUUUGCCCGAUCCUGACUAGUCUCCCAGUCCCUACCGCUGAAAAGCACCACCACAGCAUGAUGCUGCAACCACCAUGCUUCACCGUAGGGAUGGUGCCAGGUUUCCUCCAGACGUGACGCUUGGCAUUCAGGCCAAAGUGUUGAAUUUUGGUUUCAUCAGACCAGAGAAUCUUGUUUCUCAUGGUCUGAGAGUCUUUAGGUGCCUUUUGGCAAACUCCAAGCGAGCUGUCAUGUGCCUUUUACUGAGGAGUGGCUUCCGUCUGGCCACUCUACCAUAAAGGCCUGAUUGGUGGAGUGCUGCAAAGAUGGUUGUCCUUCUGGAAGGUUCUCCCAUCUCCACAGAGGAACUCUAGAGCUCUGUCAGAGUGACCAUCGGGUUCUUGGUCACCUCCCUGACCAAGGCCAUUCUCCCCCGAUUGCUCAGUUUGGCCGGGCAGCCAGCUCUAGGAAGAGUCUUGGUGGUUCCAAACGUCUUCCAUUUAAGAAUGAUGGAGGCAACAGUGUUCUUGGGACCUUCAAUGCUGCAGAAAUGUUUUGCUACCCUUCCCCAGAUCUGUGCCUCGACAUAAUCCUGUCUCGGAGCUCUACGGACAAUUCCUUCGACCUCAUGGCUUGGUUAUUGCUCUGACAUGCACUGUCAACUGUGGGACCUUAUAUAGACAGGUGUGUGCCUUUCCAAAUCAUGUCCAAUCAAUUGAAUUUACCACAGGUGGACUCCAAUGAAGUUGUAGAAACAUCUCAAUGAUGCUCAAUGGAAACAGGAUGCACCUGAGCUCAAUUUCGAGUCUGAAUACUUAUGUAAAUAAGGUAUUUCUGUUUUUUAUAUGUGCAAAAUUUUCUAAAAACCUGUUUUCGCUUUGUCAUUAUGGGGUAUUGUGUGUAGAUUGCUGAGUUUUUUAAAAUAUUUCUUAUCCAUUUUAUAAUAAGGCUGUAACGUAACAAAAUGUGGAAAAAGUCAAGGGGUCUGAAUACUUUCCGAAUGCACUGUAGAUACAGUAGUGUAUUUAUUUUUAUUUUAUUUUAUUUCACCUUUAUUUAACCAGGUAAGCCAGUUGAGAACAAGUUCUCAUUUACAACUGCGACCUGUAUAAGAGGUUGAUUACUCCCUAUUUCUCUGAAAUACACACACACACAUGUUACACACAUGUCAGAGUGUGUGGUCAGACAGACUGACCAUAACCCAGUACUGCCAGAGCUUAUUAAUCACCUCAGUCCUGAUAUCUGUGCUACAUAUGGAUGGCGAUAAGUGUGUCUAGUUAGAUAAUGGUGCGUAUAGUUAGAUCACUCACUCUCUCUCAGUGACAGUAAUGCCACUGUGCCCAAUCUGGCCCUGUGACCCUGUUCUUCCACACAUCCGAUCACAUCAGAAUAAGCUACAGGACAGGAGGAGGCUUUACCUGGCAGGAUGAUCAGUCUGGACAGACAAAUCCUCUGAUACGAAGAACAAUGUGAAUUUAGUUUAAUUUAAUUUACUCCUCGCUUUCUCCUCAUCCACUUUUUCUUUCUCUCGUUCUGUAUGUCUACAUCUGUCACCUAUCAGUAAUGCUUCUUUUCAUCUUCUUUCUCUCUCUCUCUCUCUCUCUCUCUCUCUCUCUCUCUCUCUCUCUCUCUCUCUCUCUCUCUCUCUCCUCUCUCUCUCUCUCUCUCUCUCUCUCUCUCUCUCUCUCCUCUCUCUCUCUCUCUCUCUCUCUCUCUCUCUCUCUCCUCUCUCCUCUCUCUCCCUCUCUCUCUCUCUCUCUCUCUCUCCAUCAGGUUGUUAGAUGUUUGCCACCGUAGACACGAUGACAGAGGCGAUCUCUUCAAGGCCCAGGUACAACAGCCUUAG